AUGGGCGAUUUUUCAGCAAAGUACACAAACGCCAACAUAGCCCAGGAUGCUGCGCCCUAUGAUAGCGCGUGGUUUCUGGCUUUGAAUAACAAAAUCCACAAACUUAACCCAUCUACACAUAAUGGAUUCACCGUUGCACUUUUGAGUGCAAUGCUUUGUGCCCAACGGCGUGGAGAUGCAGUGUCUGCCUUGUUUCGAGAUGUGACAAAGGACGAGUCUGAUGCAAGCUUGAAAGAGAUUUUUAUAACUGUUCGAGAAUCUCUUGCGCUUGUCGCACCAUUUGUCGGAUUCCCUUCCUGCAUGCCUGCUGUGUUUGGUCUGGUAGGCGAACUACGAAAUCGGGGUAUCAGCGAGGUUCCUUCCCACGAAAGACUCGGCUUUGAUGAGUACGAUUACACGACAGCAGGGAAGACUUCAUUUAAGAAGGUCUAUCGGGGAGUGGGAAACAGUGAGGUGGGAAAGAUGCUGGAUCAAUAUUUCCCUGAGAUUUCAUACUAUGCAAAUACGGCUGUAUUUGGGUAUCUCCUUAGCGGGGACCUCCUUUCCCUGAAAGAGAAGGAAUUGGUGCUUGCUUCAAGUAUAUUCGCACAAGGUGCGAUUCGACAGUCACAAAGUCAUUGCAAAGCAUCAAUUCAGCUGGGCAACACUGUUGAAGUGGUAAAGGGUUUGUUUGAUGUCAGUGUGGAGGUUGCACUGUGGAAUCACUCUCCUCUGUCGGGAAUGAUCGAUGUUCCCCAGCUGGCAGAAGAAGUGAAACGUAAUUUGGCAGCGGAAAAUCAACAAUAA